AUGCAUAUUGUCGACAUUGGUGGAGGUUUCACAUCCGGUCCAAAGUUUGCUGAAGCAGCCUCAGCCGUGAAAGUUGCUCUGCAAAAGUAUUUUCCUAAUGGGCAUGCUUCUGGCUUAAAAAUUAUGGCAGAACCUGGUCGUUUCAUUGCUAACGAGCCUUUCACAUUAGCAACAAGCAUUCUAGGGAAGCGAAUUAGGAAUGAGAUUAAAGAGUAUUGGAUUAACGAUGGGAUGUCGGGGUCUAUGAAUUAUUUGAAGUAUGACCAUGAUGAUGUGAUUUGCACUCCUCUUGCCAACCAUGGCAGCAACUACGUUAUAACAUGCAAAGGACUGAAGACAACCGAUUCCACAGUGUUUGGACCAGCAUGUGAUCCGGAUGAUACGGUUUUGGAAGGUUACCCGCUGCCAGAUCUACAAGUUAAUGAUUGGCUGGUAAUCCACAACAUGGGCGCUUACACCUCUUCUGGUGGGAAUGAUUUCAAUGGGUUCAAAACAUCAGCCAUUCCAACUUACGUUGGGAACUCUGAUAAAAGUUAA